UCUCAGCCGUGUUGCGCCCUCCUCUCCCCUCCCCGUGAACAAGUUAUGAUGGCGGAACUGUAGGCUUCGGGACGAGCAGGAGUGCGUCGCAAGUGUAUAUAGUUAUUUAUUUAUUCAGACAACUUGUCGUCUUCCUCCAGCUAUGACCCGCUGGAUUCCUACUAAAAAGGAGAAGUACGGAGUCGCGAUCUACAAUUACGAUGCCAGUGGUGAGCAGGAGCUGUGUCUACAAGUGGGGGACACGGUGCACAUACUUGAGAAAUUGGAAGGCUGGUAUAGGGGCUACGCUCUACGCAAGAAAUCACAGAAGGGCAUUUUCCCUGCUUCCUACAUCCACUUAAAGGAGGCUACGGUUGAGGGAAUAGGCCAGCAGGAAAUAAUUAUUCCAGCGGAUUUACCCCUGGUACAAGAGCUUGGGGCUACUCUGAGAGAAUGGGCCCAGAUAUGGCACAAGCUGUAUGUGGCGAACAAGACAACCCUGUUCAGGAGUGUGCAGCAGAUGGCCUACAGCCUCAUCGAAUAUCGAUCUCAGAUAGUGUCAGGAACGCUGCCCAAGGAUGACCUUGUAGAACUCAAAAAGAAAGUCACAGCAAAGAUUGAUUAUGGAAACCGGAUUCUGGGUCUGGACCUGGUGGUGCGGGAUGAAGCGGGGAACAUGCUGGAUCCUGACAAGACUAGUACGGUCAGCCUGUUCCGGGCCCACGAGACCGCCUCCCGCAGUGUCGAUGACAGAAUACAAGAAGAGAAGACGCGGCUACAAAACCUGGAAAUGAGGCGUCAGACCCUGUUCAGUACGGUGCACACCUACAGCUUGCUCAUGAACUUGAAAAACUUUGUGUGUAACAUUGGAGAAGAUGCAGAGCUGCUAAUGUCUCUGUAUGACCCAGAUCAGUCGGAAUUCAUCAGCGAGAACUUCCUGGUGCGCUGGGACAGUAUGGGGAUGCCUAAAGAAAUUGAAAAACUCAACAACCUGCCAGCGCUAUUCACGGACCUGAGCAGCAGUGACUUGAUGAGGCAGCGACUCUUCCUGGUGUGUCAGAUCAUCAGAGUGGGCAGCAUGGAGCUCAAAGACGGCAAGAAACAAACGGGCGGACUCAGGAGACCGUUUGGUGUGGCGGUGAUGGACAUAACAGACAUUGCCCAUGGCAAAAUAGAUGACGAGGACAAACAGCAUUUCAUCCCCUUUCAGCAGAUAGCUAUGGAAACCUACAUCCGUCAGAGGCAGCUCAUCAUGUCUCCGCUCAUCCCUUCUCGAGUCAUAGGAGAGAAUGAGCCACUCACAGCUGUCUUCAACAAAGUCAUUGCCACACGGGAGGUCAAUCACAAAGGCCAGGGGCUGUUUGUGACCCUGAAGCUUCUCCCAGGGGACCUUGCCCAAGUCAGGAAGGACUACCCCCACUUUGUGGACCGCAGCACAGCUAUCGUUGGGAAAAUGGGCUUUCCAGAAAUCAUCCUCCCAGGAAACGUGCGGAAUGAUAUUUACGUAACCUUGCUACAAGGAGAGUUUGACCGUGGUAAAAAGAAGACCCCCAAAAAUGUAGAGGUCAUACUAAGUGUGCACAAUGAUGAAGGCAGUCCUGUGGAGAAAGCCAUAUUUCCUGGAGCCGGUUAUGAUGGCAUAACAGAGUAUAAGUCUGUCAUUUACUACCAGGUGAAGCAGCCUUGUUGGAAUGAAACAGUGAAGGUGACGAUUCCCAUUGAAGAUGUGUGCCGCUGCCACUUGAGGGUGAUGUUUAGACACAGAUCCUCCCAGGACUCUAGGGACAAGUCAGAGAAGCCCUUUGGUAUGGCCUUCGUUCGGCUUAUGAGAGGAGAUGGAACCACACUGAGAGAUGGCAGACAUGAUCUUGUCGUCUAUAAGGUUGAUGUGAAAAAAGCCGAGGAUGCAAAGGUUUAUCUCACCUUGCCAGCAACCUGGGCGGAAGUGGAGGAAAAGGAGAAGCAGAUGGGGAAGCCUUUCCACCAUUCCGGCGUCAUUCCCGUGACCAAAGACAGCUUCCAGCUCGCCACACUCACCUGCUCCACUAAACUCACUCAGAAUGUGGAUCUACUUGGCCUGUUGAACUGGAGAUCUAACCCUGAGGAUCUUGACCAGAUUUUACAAAGACUCAUGGAGGUGGAAGGAGGGGAGAUAGUCAAAUUUCUCCAGGACACGCUUGAUGCCUUGUUCAACAUCAUGAUGGAAACCUCAGAAAAGGACACCUAUGAUACUCUGGUGUUCAAUGCCUUGGUAUUUAUAAUCACACUUAUUGGUGACAUCAAAUUCCAGCACUUUAACCCAGUCUUAGAAACCUACAUCAACAAGCACUUCAGUGCCACCUUGGCUUACAUGAAGCUAACUGGGGUGCUUAACUACUACGUGGGCCACGCUGAAGAGCCUGGCCUGACUGAGAAACUCUAUACAGCACUUAAAGCUCUCAAGUACCUGUUCAGGUUUAUUGUACAGUCCCGAGUCCUCUAUCUCAGAUUCUAUGGGAACAGUGAAGACGGAGAUGCUUUCUUCAACUCCAUCCGUACCCUCUUCCUCUCUUUCAACACUCUUAUGGACAGGCCACUGGAUGAGGGAGUAAAGAUAAAGGGGGCUAUAUUGAAAUACCUCCCCAGCAUCAUUAAUGACAUCCAGACUGUGUUUGAUCCUGUGGAGCUCAGCGUUCUCCUCACGAAGUUCAUUGAGAGCAUUCCUGACUCUCAGCUCGUGCGUCAGAAGCUUGGAUGCAUGUGUAAAAUGGUGGAGAGUGACCUUUUCAGGCAGCCAGAGUGUCGAGAUGUGCUUCUGCCGCUUGUCACUGAUCAGCUGAGUGGGCAGCUGGACGACCACUCUACCAAACCUGACUAUGAGGCCUGCGUCCAGGUGCUCAGCACAGUGCUGGACAACCUGGACCGCAAAGACAUGGGUCCAACCAGAGGGCACGUUCAGCUGAUAAUGGAGAGGCUUCUUCGCAGGGUUAAUCGCACUGUCAUCAGCAUGGACAGAUCAUCUCCUCUCAUUGGCCACUAUCUUGCCUGCAUGACGGCAAUCCUGAAACAAAUGGAUGACAAGCAUUACACCCACUACAUCAGCACCUUCAAGACGAGACAGGAUAUCAUUGACUUCCUCAUGGAGACAUUCAUCAUGUUUAAAGACCUCAUGGGAAAUGUCUUCCCUGCUGACUGGAUGGUCAUGAACCUAGUGCAGAUGAAAGUCUUCCUCAGGGCCAUUAACCAGUACUCGGAUAUCCUUAACAAGCUUUUCCUGGACCAGGCGCAUUUUGAACUACAGCUGUGGAAUAACUACUUUCAUUUGACCGUGGCGUUUCUCACUCACACGUCGCUGCAGCUGGAGUCCUUCUCUCAGGAAAAACGAAAUAAGAUACUGAACAAAUACGGAGACAUGAGGAAGGCUACUGGAUUUAAGAUCAGAGACAUGUGGUAUAAUCUCGGCCCCCACAAAAUGAAGUUCAUCCCAGCUAUGGUCGGACCCAUUCUGGAGGUCACGCUUGUGCCUGAGCCUGAACUGAGAAAAGCCACCAUCCCCAUCUUCUUCGAUAUGAUGCAGUGUGAGCAUAACUUCAGCCCUGGACGCACGUUUGAAAAGUUUGAAAAUGAAUUGAUAACAAAAUUGGAUCAAGAGGUAGAGGGAGGCCGAGGGGAUGAGCAGUACAAAGUCCUGCUGGAGAAAACAUUAUUGGAGCACUGCAGACGCCACAGAUACCUUUCCCAGUCAGGAGAGGAGCUGGCUCUGCUGCUGAGCAGCCUGCUGGAGCAUCUACUGGCGUACCGCACCAUCACACAUGAUGAGAGUCCUGAGCACCGCAUGAGCUGCACUGUCAAUGUGCUGAAUUUCUACAAAGAGAAGAAGAGGGAGGACAUUUACAUCCGGUACUUGUACAAGCUGCGAGAUUUGCACCUGGACUGUGAGAACUUCACAGAGGCAGCCUAUACUCUGCUGCUGCAUGCUGAAUUACUAGAGUGGUCGGACAAACCUUGUGCAUCUCAUCUGAUACCUCGUGGAGAGGAAGAGCAUGUGUGGACCCAACAGGAGCUGAAGGAGAAGCUCUUCCAGGGGAUUAUAUGUUACUUGGACAAGGGCAAGAUGUGGGAAAAGGCCAUUGAGCUGGGCAAACAGCUGGCCAAGAUGCACGAGAGCCACAUGUUCGACUUCAUGGAGCUGAGCCAGCUACUGAAAAAACAAGCCGAGUUCUAUGAAAAAAUAAUGCACGCGAUGCGGCCACAGCCAGAGUAUUUUGCUGUUGGAUAUUAUGGCCUUGGAUUCCCGUCCUUCCUCAGGAAUAAAAUGUUCAUCUACAGAGGCAAAGAGUAUGAGUGGCUCGAGGACUUCAGCUUAAAGCUGCUCUCUCACUUUCCAAACGCGGUCCGGAUGACCAGCACAGCACCUCCCAAAGGAAACAUCAGCAACUCCCCUGGACAGUACAUCCAGUGCUUUACUGUCAAGCCUGUUCUCACUGUGCCGAAGCAGUUUAAAGACAAGGGGGUUCCAGAGCAGAUAUUAAAGUGCUUAACAGAACACUUAAAGGCUGAUUUAUUUCCUCAUGACUAUCCUGGGAUUUAUGGUUCUCUGGGCAAAGCGCUAACUCAACGUUGUCCUUUCCUGUUCUUUUUCAGCUAUUACAGAACCAAUGAAGUGGACCAGUUCCAGUAUUCCAGGCCCUUCAGGAAAGGUGAAAAGGACCCAGACAAUGAAUUUGCGACCAUGUGGAUCGAGAGAACAACAUACAUUACGGCCUAUCGCUUCCCAGGGAUUCUCAAAUGGUUUGAAGUCAAAUCUGUCUCAGUGGAGGAAAUCAGUCCUUUGAAAAACGCUGUAGAAACCAUGGAGACAGCCAAUGAAAAGCUGAGUAACCUUGUGCAGCAGCAAGCCUGUGAUCGCUCACUGUCCGUCAACCCACUGUCCAUGAUGCUCAGUGGCAUAGUUGACCCUGCAGUCAUGGGUGGCUUCUCCAACUACGAAAAGGCAUUCUUCACAGACACCUAUAUCCGAGAGCACCCGGAGGACCGUGGACGCAUUGAGGAACUGAAACGCCUCAUCGCCCUGCAGAUCCCUCUCUUGGCAGAUGGAAUUCGCAUCCACGGGGAGAAGACGACGGAGCAACUGAAACCCUUACACAAUCGUCUGGUUACUUGCUUCCAAGACCUUCGGGAGAAAGUGGAGAAGCAAUGUGGCGUCAUAACUUUGCCCUGCUCUCUCACUGAGCAGAAGAAGAGUCGUGUAGGCUCGAUGGUGAUGCCCUACAUCCUGCCCUCCACCCUGCGUCGCAUGUCCACUGUCUCAACCCUGUCAAAUGCCUCCUCAGGCCUCUCCAGUGGCUCUGCUUCCUCAGACGGACACUCCUGCAUUUCCUCCCAAGAUUCCUUGUUGUCCCGUCCCAGCGAUCGCAGGGCUUCUAUUCUGUCCCGCUCAGAAGAAGACAAUAGGAUCGCUAGAAAGAACAGGAAGGAGUGGAGUGUGAGCAAAUCCCAGACCCUCCUGGAGAGGCAGUCAGAUGGAGAUGAGACUCCUCCAGAGAAGCAGCAGAGGCCCAAGAGUUUACAGCUGGGAGACCGACGGCUUACCCUCUCCCUGUUUCAGGGUGUUUCAUCUCAGCUCAGCCUGUCUAACCCUCUCAGUCCACUACCUGCCUCUCCACACACACCGCAAACACCGCGCAGCUCCAGUUAUUCAUCACUUCUCAGUGACAAUGAUGUCAGUACGGUUGACACUCCAGGGACUCCUCCACCCAUGCCACCAAAGAAACACCCACACGAGAUUGACAACCCUGGGUUUACCACAGAGUUCUCGCCUCCACUCCCAAUGAAAAUUGAGAGUAAGCCUCCCCCACCGCCUCCAAAGGUGCGGAAGUCAAUGUUCCCGUCCUAACACCACACCGCCCAGCCAGCUUAUACCUACACCCUGGCCUUAAAGUUUCACAGACUGCCUGAUUUGGCUGUGAUAAAAACACAGCUUUAUUUGUGGAAACCCCAUGUUUGCAGGAUUUUCAGUGGGAAAGAUUUUUCUGAUGCAAGUCUAUUAGAAUUCCAAGCAGUCCUUUUAAUCUUGUUGUUAAGCUGCGAGGAAGGAUAUGUGUGGGAUUACUGUCAUAAGAAGGUACUACUGUGCAAAAAUGGAUGUGUGAUUUUCAGGUACAGCUUUUGAUUCUGUUUUCUUUUUAAAGGCUAAUGAGAUUUUUUUUUUUUUUUUCUUAAGAAAAAAAUCACUUUGGUGAACCAGGAGUGAUCAACAUUGUAAUGUUAUAUUUUAUUUGUAGACUAAUCAGCCACAACAUUUAAACCACUGGCAGGAGAAGCAAAUGCAUGAUAAUGCAUUAUCCUGCUGGGAAGUUUGGGCAUUCUUGUGAAUGUUACUUUAACCAGUAACACCCACUAAAAUCUUGCUGCAGACCAAGCACAUCUACCCAUGGAUAAAGCAGCUGGUGGCAGUGGCCUCUAUUAGCAGGACAUUGCGGCUCUUACACCACAAAAACUGUGCAGGACCUACUUCAAAGCAUCCAAAACAGCCCAAAGCAUUGACCUGGGCUCAAAAACUUCCCAGAUUCCAGUUUUAUCAAGCAUCCACAGGAUGGACCAAAAGAAUCUGCUGCCAGUGUCCCAGUGACAAAAAACAUCACAGCACAAGACAUCCUGUGAGGAUCCCCUGUCAGUAGCCUGAGUCAGAGCAUCAUGAGGCAUACCUACUUAGAGCGGGUGGUUUUAAUGUUCUGGCUGAUCAGUGUAUGUGUGUAUGGAGUGACACUGGAUGAUUCGUCUCCCUUCUAGCUGUUUUACCAGCAUUCCAUAUUUGAACAGGAAAAAGCUGCAUUAGAUUCAUAUCAAACUUGAUUGAGAGCAGGGAAAACAAUGUAAAGAAUGUAACUGUUAGUUUGGUAUGUAGUUAGCGUUUGUUGAUGGUGUCUAAACCACAAUGUUUCAGAGACACUGGAGGCAUUAUUGAAUGUGUUUUGAUGUUGAUGAUGAACUGAAUACUGUAACCCACGCAUCCAAAUGAAACUGCAUCAUGUUGAUGGCAAAGUUCAGUGAAAGGGCUUUUGGAAAAUCUGCUUAUUUGCAUUCUUAUGGAGAGACAAGAUGAUGGAUGCCGCUCUCGUAUCUCCACAGUCAGCACGCAGCUGAAGCAUAGACUGUAUAUAAAAGAUGAAUGUCAUCACCAAUUGGUGUGUGAUCUUUGCAUUUCAAACCCUCCAGUUUAGCUUUCUGGCUGCUGAAUUUCAACAAAACUGGAGUCCAGACUUGCUUUAACACAUAGAUUCUAUUUUUUGUCAGAUAGUUCCAGUAGAAAGUGCUCCACAAGACGGCAACACCACAGGCGCAUUUGAGAGGUCCAGAUCUGUGACUUAGAUUUUUGCAAGUUAAGCCUUCAAGACAGCGAUCACUUAAUGAUGCCUGUGUCUGCACUAGAGCCCGAACGAUAAAGAAUUUUUAAGACCGAUUACGAUAUUUAAACAUCUAUUUUAAUAUAUCAGCGUUUUUUUUUUUUUUUCCCUUUCAGAUACGCUGACAGAAAAAGAUUUCUUUAACAUUUGUUAUGUUUAUUUACUUCGGUACAUUCUGCCUGUCUCUGCUUGGGUCAGCUGGUUGUUGUGUUUGUGUGUUGCCAACAUGGAAGUUGCAGACUGGAGAAACUAUGCAAAAUCAUAACGGGUUUGAAGGGUGUUUCUACUGUCUCUUCUUUACUUUUUGAAAAAAAUUUCAUUCGUCGGCUUUUAUACGAGUACUGAUAGCUUGACAAAUAGCUAAUAUUUGUCGAUAAUAUCAGUUCACUGAUGAAUCAGUCAGACUCUAGUCACAUCUCAAAAUCAACCAUGUCCUUAACUUAAAACUAAAUUGUUAAUUUGCAGACUUUAGAGUUGCUAAAUGGUAGAUUCUGUUGUCAUCUGAGCCAAGUAGCUAUUUCCUGUUCUAAUGCUAAACUAAGCUAACACACUCCAGGUUACUGGGUCAUCAUUCAGACAUGUCAGUGGUAUCUGUCUCCUUAUCUUUCUCUUGUCAAAAGAGUAAAUAGGCAUAUUUUCCAAACUUUCUAACUGGUCCUUUAAAGAACCCUAAAUGCUAUAUGCUACAAGCGUAAAUACCUCUGAAGUUCACUUUAGUUUGAUGUUUUAUUUGGUAGAUUUUCUUUUUUUUUUUUUUUUAAAUCAUUUUCAAAUGUAAAUUAUUGCUAUGCAUUGAAUUGAGUAUUUCAGUAGGUUUUGCACACCCAGUGCGCACAGAGAUGGAUUAUUUUUAAUGCAGAGUAAUUUUAGAACGAUUUUAUUGUGCGCUGCAUGUAAAGUGCUUUAAAAAUGGAGUUGGAUUUUCAGUUAAUUUGCCAGUGUUUUAUUUUUAGAUUUACAUUGUUUUUACAAGGGAUUAACUUCUUUUGUACAGUAAAAAUUCUUUAACAGGCAUCAAAGACAUUUUAUACAAACAAUGCCUUCAAGAGAUAUAUGAUCCUUUUUAAAGAACAAGCUGUUUGUUGACUUAACAGAAAUAAAGCCAUUCUGAAAUGCC